GACUCCGAUUAUGGAUUCAUUUCCCGAUUUCGGCGCCGGCUUUGAAGAGACAGCACUGGUGUUGCCUUAUAUCCCAUCCAUUAUAUUAUUUAUCACAUCACUGUAUGAAUGGCACAAUCGGUCACCAGAAGUGAUAACAUCCAGGGGUUCAUCACAUCCCACGACAUGGACUCUACUCUCAAUCACUAAAAUUAUUUAUACAAUUGUUUUGUCAAUUAAUUACAAGAAGAGAGGAAUGAAUACUUCAGGCUCACCGAUAGAUUCAAGUAUUAAUGUCUUCACAUUUACCACAAAAUCGCUUUCAUUCCCAAUAAUUAUCACUCAAUUAUUGCUCUCAUGUUUUGCGGACUCAACACAAGUCUUCACAACUGUUGCCGACAGAGAAAAUUCUAGUCCCGAAAAUGAGUCAUCAUUUUUAUCUCAACUGACAUUUUCAUGGUUUACACCAAUGAUUAUGAAUGGCUAUCGGAAACCAUUGACCACUGAAGACAUGUGGUCGCUGUCCACACAGAAUCGGACCAAUGUUUUCAUCAAACAAUUCAAUAAACACUGGAAACCAAUACAACAUAACAGUGCCAAACAUGCGAUCAAUAUAUUCCCAGUUAUACUAAAGACCUAUUGGCCAACACUAGUAAUCAUUGGGUUUAUUAAAUUAGCGAUAAGUUUACUGACAUUUACUCAACCCCUGCUACUCGACCGACUCAUCACAUUCAUCACAACUCAGGCCACCACCGAUACGGGCGAACCCGUGUGGAGGGGUUAUAUGUACGCCGGGCUUAUGUUUGUGUCGCCGGUGUUGGGAUCGGUGUUGAGUGUCAAAUACAAGUACAUCGAGAAUGUCAUGAUUAUGAAAAUCAAAUCAUGUGUCACAUCAGCAAUUUACGAGAAGUCCCUACGGCUGUCCAGCGCCGGUCGCAAUAGUCACACUAUUGGUGACCUCGUGAGCCUCGUGGGCAUUGAUAUGUAUUAUUUAGCCUCAUUUAUCAUGUACUUUAAUAACCUAUGGCUGUCGCCAACGAUCGUGAUAAUCGCCACGUGGUUACUAUGGGCUCAGUUGGGCGCCGCCACUCUGGCCGGUGUGGCUGUUAUGAUACUAUUAGUACCAAUUAAUUCAGUUGUGAUGACACGUGAGAACAAAUUGUGGCGUAAAAUAAUUGAAUUAACCGCCAGUAGAGUGUCGGUCGUCGCGGAGAUGAUCAAUAACAUGAAGGUCUUAAAACUGUACGCCUGGGAACCGGCGUUCAUGAAACGGGUAUCUGAGCGCAGGGCCAGCGAGUGCCGUGAGGUGAUCAGCGUAAUGGUGGUCGGGGUUAUUAAGAAUGCUAUUACCACAGCCUCACCAUAUCUGGUUAGUUUAUGCAGUUUUACGGCAUUUCUAUACAUGUCUGACCAGAAUGUUCUGAACCCGAAUAAAGCGUUUGUUUCACUUUUGUUGUUCAAUAUAAUCAAGGAGUCGAUACGAACCAUCCCAGCGCUGGUCACCGCAGCUAUAAUUGUUAAAAAACUAUGUAGAGUUUCUGUGAAGCGAAUGAAUGAGUAUUUAAACGCUUAUGAAGUGAAUGAGAGUUUCGUUGACCACAAACCCAAUCAAAGGACUCCUAUUAUUGUUAAAAAUGCUUCAUUCAAAUGGGAUAACAAUUCCGACGAUUCUGUGCUCAAGAAUAUCAACAUUAAUAUCGAUAGUAAAUCAUUGGUGGCAGUUGUGGGUCGUGUGGGCGCCGGCAAGUCGUCCCUAUUAUCGGCUUUAUUGGGAGAUAUGGAGAAGAAUCGGUACGGAUAUGUGAAUGUGAGCGGACGGACGGCUUAUUGUCCACAACAGGCGUGGAUUCAAAACACAACUCUUCGACAGAAUAUUCUGUUUAAUAGUGAAUAUAAUCCGGAAUUUUAUAACAAAGUUCUGGAUUCGUGUGCUUUGAGACCCGAUUUGUCGAUCCUUUCGGCCAAAGAUAUGACAGAAAUCGGAGAAAAAGGGAUCAAUUUGUCCGGCGGUCAGAAACAGAGGGUUUCACUCGCGAGGGCUGUCUAUUCAGACGCAGACAUAUAUUUAUUGGACGAUCCGUUGAGUGCUGUCGACCCACACGUCGGACGACAUCUAUUUGACCAAACAAUUAGUAGACCCCGAGCCGAUACACCCGUAGAUCUGUUCCGUUGCCAACGCGUGGUUUUAGCGCGUCGUUUGACCACUCCACAACAGGCGUGGAUUCAAAACACAACUCUUCGACAGAAUAUUCUGUUUAAUAGUGAAUAUAAUCCGCAAUUUUAUGACAAAGUUCUGGAUUCGUGUGCUUUGAGACCCGAUUUAGCAGUUCUUUCAGCAAAAGAUAUGACAGAAAUCGGAGAAAAAGGGAUCAAUUUGUCGGGCGGUCAGAAACAGAGGGUUUCACUCGCGAGGGCUGUCUAUUCCUCGGCAGACAUAUAUCUUUUGGACGAUCCGUUGAGUGCUGUCGACCCACACGUCGGACGACAUCUAUUUGACCAAACAAUUGGUCCGAAAGAGAAAAAGGGAUCAAUUUGUCCGGCGAAACAGAGGGUUUCACUCGCGAGGGCUGUCUAUUCCUCGGCAGACAUAUAUCUAUUGGACGAUCCGUUGAGUGCUGUCGACCCACACGUCGGACGACAUCUAUUUGACCAAACAAUUGGUCCGAAAGGACUUCUUCGCCACAAAACACGUGUUUUAGUGACAAAUAAGGCGUCAGUUUUGCCAGAAGUGGACAAAAUAAUUGUCUUAAAAGAGGGAUCCGUUUGUGAUUUCGGAUCAUUUGAUGAACUGAUGGCCAAAAGUGGAGAAUUCGCUGAAUUUGUUGCCGAAUAUGUCGUUAAACAGGAAUCCGAAGACAUCGAUGAGAAAGAGAUGCAAAUUCUGGCAAAACUGAGACAAACAGAAUCCGAAGACAUCGAUGAGAAAGAGAUGCAAAUUCUGGCAAAACUGAAACAAACAGUGAAACCAUUGAUUGAAAAACAAUUGUCCGUCAGAUCUAAUGACAGCGAUAUUAUGUCUAAGAAUCUGUCAAGAGAUGUGUCCACAAGUGAUUUAAUUAUAGCGAAACCAUCUGAAGAGCAAACUCAAGAGGAAGUGUCUAAUGAAAGUGAAAACAAGCCAUUGACUGAAAUGCAAGAAUCGAGUCAAUCUGAUUCCGAAGAAUGUACUGUUCGUAAGCGAAAGCCAGAACCAAGAAGUGUUUCAACCGGUGAUAAUGAAGCCAAUAGUGGGCCCAAUAAUAGUAAAGACAAACCGCAAGAAAAGCCACAGAAAACGUCAGGAAAAUUAAUGUCCGACGAGAAGACAGAGAGCGGUUCCGUGCGAUUCAAUGUCUACAAGAAGUACUUCCAGUUGAUGGGUGUCGGGACUGUUGUCGCUGUCCUAUUGGCGUACGUGUGCUCAUCCGCUGCCACAGCGGUGUCGGGACUAUGGCUUAGCGAUUGGUCAGAGGACUCGCUGUCCGGCGGCGACCAACAGCCGGGCCUACGAUACCAACGACUUGGCGUAUACGCGGCCGUCGGUCUACUGGAGAUGGUGUCGCUGUUUGGCGCUCAGGCGUGGCUUAGGUUGGGCUGCGUUACGGCCGCUAAGAAACUGCACAAUCAAAUGCUGGAUCGGGUGGUGAGAGCGCCCAUGUCUUACUUCGACACGACACCAAUCGGGCGGCUAUUGAAUCACUUCGCGCGCGAUACGAUGGACGUCGACACCGACAUGAUCUUCGCGAUGGACACAAUUGUAUUACAGUUGUUGCGAUUGGUUGUGCUCAUCGGUACCAUAGGCUACGAACUGCCGCACACUUUGCCGUUAAUAGCCAUCGUUCUGGCCGUCUAUGUCGGGCACCAACGGGUCUAUACGGCCAGUUCGCGGCAACUCAAGCGCAUAGCGUCGGCCGCCGGCGCACCCAUUAUUGGCCACUUCUCGGAGUCCAAUAACGGCACGGAGUCUAUCAGGGCUUACGGCGCGGGCGACCGGUUUGUGACCGAUUUCCACCGUUUGAGUGACAACCGGAACCGUUGCCAUUACGGCUCCGUAUUGGCCGACUGUUGGAUCGGUAUUAGACUGAACUUCUUGGGCCACUGUCUGGUCCUAUUGAUGGCCGUAUUUGCGGUGCUAUUUCGGGCCGACCUGAGCCCCGGUAUGACAGCCCUAUUGAUUACCUAUACGUUAGACAUUACGGUUGCGUUAAAUGGCUUUAUUCGCGAAGUAAGUCAGACAGAAGUGGCGAUUGUGGCCGUCGAGAGGUGUCUAGAGUUAAUGGAUAUACCGAUCGAGGCCGAGUGGUAUAAUGAAAAGACUAAACCCGCGGACAACUGGCCAACAAUGGGUUGCAUUGAGUUCAGAGACUAUAGCACUAAAUAUAGAGAGGGUUUGGAUUUAGUGCUCAAAAAUAUAGCAAUUGAUAUGAAAGGCCGACAAAGGGUUGCGAUCGUCGGCCGCACCGGCGCUGGAAAGUCGUCCCUCGCGUUGGCUCUCUUCAGACUCAUUGAGCCGACGGCCGGAACCGUUACCAUCGAU